AUGGGCGUGCAGCGAAUAUCGUCUGCUUGGAAGACGCUCAUUCCAGGCAUGUCCGAAGUCAUCUGUCGAGUUGAGAUCAGCGGCGUGGCGGCCCAGCGCGCGGAAACCGCGCCCGCGAAAGUCGGGAAAGCCGCCAUAACGUGGGACGAGAAAGUGUCGCUCCCGGUUUACGAGGGCGCCAAGGAGCUCCGACUGCUCCUCUUGUCCCCGGGGGUAAGCGGGGCGACCCCGAGAACGGUCGCAAACGGCGGGUUCUAUGUGGAGGACAUCAUGGCGUCGCCCUCAAACUGCAAGUGGUUCGAGCUGUUCGCGCCGGGGGGCAACGCAGGAGGAACUAUCAAGCUCAGCAUCCUAUACACUGCGGCGACCACUACCGAGAGGCAGCGCCGGCAGUCGGUGAAUGCAGAAACGCAGAUUGAGGCGCAGGCGUCACACGAGCUGACGUCAGAAAGGAUGCAAAGCAAGAGCUUCAACGACUCGUCGUCAGACGCCGCCAUCAACACUGACCCCAUCGCUGCGGCCCCCGCCGCCGCGGCCGCGCCCGCGCGCCGCUCGCUCAGCGUGACCGUCGGCGUCGGCCCGAGCCCCGUCCCCAGCCAGAAGAACAGCCCCGCGGCCGCGGCCGCGCUGGCGACCCAAAGGCGCGUGUCGCGUCAGAGUAGGACGCCCAAAACCCCCGAGCCGCAGCCGGAGACAGCCCCGAUCGCCAUCGACGCGCGGCCGCCUCCCACGGACCGCGAACCCACGGGAGAAAGUCCGCCCGCGCAAGCCGAAGGAUCGCCCAUCGAGUUUCCUCAGAUUCCGGACGAAACGCCCAUCGAGACUGUGGCGGGAUCGGCAGAGAACUUUAGGGUUCCGGUGGCAGACGCUCCGACGGGCAUUCCGGCGGACGUCCCGACGGACAUUCCGGCGGACGUUCCGGCGGACAGGCAGACGUCCGAAGCAUUGCCUUCCAAGAGCAUCGCGGUCCAGCCCGCAGCCGAUCUUGCGCUAGAGUCUUUAGAAGAAUCGACACCCGCUUUGACAAACGGCCACGAGCAUGAGCUGAGCGUUAUCGACGUCGAAACUGCUCCAGAGGAGACCGCUCUUUUGGCAGAAAUGCGUGAGGAAACCAUUUUUCUGGCAGAGACAAGUGACACCGAGCUGGUGUCAAGCUGCCCAGCAAAGAAGCCACGGGGGAUCCCCUCGGUUGUGCUCUUCGGAGUCACCGCCGUUGCUGCCGUUAUUGGCGCGGUUGUGCUUGGAUCAAAACGGGGGGGCAAUGACAAGAAGAGCGGCAGGCCUCAAGCGCCCCCCCAGAGCAGAGCGGACAUCAUUCAUUAUGCGAGCGGCCCACGAGCUUAG